CUUUCUUCUGAAACUGAGAAAGCUUUCUUCUUCUUCUUCUUCUUCUUCUUCCCCAAACCACUUUGUCUCUUAUCUCUAACAGAAAGAGAGAGAAACAGAAACAGAAAAUGGGAAUAUUCGAGGGAUUUAGGGCAAUCGGAUACAUCACCAGCAGCGUCCCUUUCUCCGUUCAGCGUUUGGGCACCGAAACCUUCGUCACCGUCAGCGUUGGCAAAGCUUUUCAGAUUUACAACUGCGCCAAGCUCAAUCUGGUUCUGGUUGGUCCACAACUUCCAAAGAAAAUUAGAGCUCUUGCUUCCUUUCGGGAUUUUACAUUCGCCGCAUAUGGAAACGAGAUAGCUGUUGUUAAGCGUGCUCAUCAGGUAGCAACUUGGAGUAGGCAUAGUGCAAAGAUCAGUUCGUUGCUUUUAUUUGGAGAUCAUAUUCUGAGUGUUGAUGACAAACGCAAUCUUUUCAUAUGGACAUUCAAGGAAAUAGACCAGAAUCUUGCUCCGAUUGGACAUAUCAUGCUAGAUGAUAACUUUACUCCUAGCUGUAUGAUGCAUCCUGAUACCUACCUAAACAAGGUUCUUAUUGGGAGUCAGGAAGGUUCGGAAGGUUCCUUACAACUUUGGAACAUUAGCACAAAGAAAAAACUCUACGAGUUCAAGGGAUGGAAAUCUUCCAUCGCGAGUUGUGUUUCGUCUCCCGCACUGGAUGUUGUCGCAGUUGGUUGUACAGAUGGAACUAUUCACAUUCAUAAUAUUCGUUACGAUGAAGAGUUAGUUACGUUUACUCAUUCCACCCGUGGUGCCGUGACUGCAUUGUCUUUCAGCACAGAUGGACAGCCUCUUCUAGCAUCUGGUGGUUCAUCUGGUGUCAUAAGCAUAUGGAAUCUUGAGAAACGGAGGCUUCAAUCUGUUAUAAGAGAUGCUCAUGAUGGAUUGAUACUUUCCCUCCACUUCCUUGCCAAUGAGCCCGUGCUAAUGAGUUCAUCAUCAGACAAUUCGAUUAAAAUGUGGAUUUUUGACACAAGUGAUGGAGAUCCACGUCUUUUACGUUUUCAGAGCGGCCAUAGUGCUCCUCCACAGUGCAUAAGGUUCUAUUCCAAUGGGAGGCACAUUUUAUCUGCUGGUCAGGAUCGCGCCUUUCGGCUUUUCUCCGUUGUCCAGGAUCAACAAAGCAGAGAACUUUCUCAACGCCACAUCUCAAAACGAGCCAAGAAACUGAGGAUGAAGGAAGAAGAGAUAAAAUUGAAGCCUGUUAUUGCCUUUGAUUGUGCUGAAAUUAGAGAGCGGGAUUGGUGCAAUGUGGUUACCUGUCACAUGGAUACUCCACAGGCAUAUGUGUGGAGACUUCAAAACUUUGUUCUUGGUGAGCAUAUUCUAAAGCCUAGCGCAGAAAAUCCAACUCCUGUUAAGGCAUGUACCAUCAGUGCAUGUGGCAAUUUUGCCAUACUGGGAACAGCUGGUGGUUGGAUUGAGCGUUUUAACCUUCAGUCAGGAAUGAGCCGAGGCAGUUACCAGGACACUUCAGAGAGAAGAAGCUGUGCCCAUGAAGGGGAAGUGGUUGGCAUUUCUUGUGAUUCAACAAACACUCUAAUGAUAAGUGCCGGAUAUCAAGGAGAUAUAAAGGUUUGGGAUUUCAAGGCGCGUGAACUAAAAUCCAGAUGGGAUGUCGGCUGCUCUGUUGUUAAGAUUGUUUUUAACCGACUAAAUUGUCUUUUGGCUACUGUGGCUGAUGAUUUAGUCAUCCGCUUAUUUGAUGUUGUGGCAUUAAGAAUGGUUCGUAAGUUCAAAGGUCACACGGAUCGUGUUACCGACAUGUGCUUCAGCGAGGAUGGGAAAUGGCUUUUGUCCUCCAGUAUGGAUGGAACUCUUCGAAUUUGGGAUGUUAUUUUAGCUAGACAAAUAGAUGCUAUACGCGUUGAUGUGUCAAUUACUGCGUUGGCUCUGUCACCUAAUAUGGAUAUUUUAGCAACUACCCACGUUGAUCAAAAUGGAGUCUACCUGUGGGUAAAUCAAUCAAUGUUCUCCGGAGCUUCAAAUGUUGAUUCCUAUGCUAGUGGAAAGGAAGUUGUGAGCAUCAAGCUACCAUCGGUCUCUUCAACGAGAGGUCCUCAAGCCGAGGAUGCCGAUGAGCCUAAGGAGAAGAACCUACAAUCUAAAGGCUCUGUUGAUUUCAAGGUUCUCGAUCAGCAAAUCCCGGAUCUAGUUACUCUCUCUUUAUUGCCAAGAAGUCAGUGGCAGAGCUUGAUCAAUUUAGACAUUAUAAAGGUCAGGAAUAAACCAAUUGAACCACCAAAGAAACCUGAAAAGGCUCCAUUCUUUUUGCCUUCAGUUCCAUCUGUUUCUGGGGAAAUUAUGUUCAAACCCAGUGAGUCAGCCAACGAGGAGGUGAAGAAAGAACAAGUGGAUGGGAGAAAUCCCAUUGACGCAGCUUCGUCCCAGUUUUUGCUAUUUCUUCAUUCCUCUGCGGAGAUGAAUAAUUUUUCGGCAUUUACUGAGUAUAUCAAAGGUUUAUCUCCAUCAACGUUGGAUAUGGAACUUCGGAUGCUUCAGAUCAUAGACGAUGAUGACGAACAAGAACCUGUAAAAAGACCAGAACUAGUUUCAAUUGAACUGCUUCUGGAUUAUUUUGUACAUGAGAUCUCCUGCAGGAAUAAUUUUGAGUUUGUGCAAGCUGUCAUCAGGUUGUUUCUGAAGAUCCAUGGGGAAACAUUUCGAUGCCAACCGGGAUUACAGGAUAAGGCAAGAAAGCUCUUAGACAUUCAAUGUGAAGUUUGGCAAAAGGUAGAUAAAUUGUUCCAGAGUACGAGAUGCAUGGUAACUUUCCUUAGCAAUUCACAAUUUUGAGGGAAUUUGCCGUGUGUUUGUGAUAAUGUAUAUCAAAAUUUUGUCCUAGAAUGCACAUUUGCCUAUUGGAUACUAAUAUUAGCUGUUGUAGUAGUGAUUUAUUUGGUACAAGAUGAUUUUAGUCUUGGCGUUGCCCGGAUGUUGGCCGGUGGCAGAGCUUUUUAUUUUAUUUUAUUUACUGGGGCUCAAUAUGAACAAUGCAAAAGAAAAUUUUUUUAA